UUAUGGCAUAAAUUUGAAUUCAACUCUUUAGUUCGUUCAUCAAUCUAAUCUUGCAUCUCUCUUUUCAGAUUUUGCGUGUCUGUUGCGUAGCUUCUCUUCGCUUUUAAAUACUCAAUAAUGGAAUGAAUUUAGCUUCACUUUCUGAUGCUAACACAGCCCAAUUCCUGUAGUUUCCAUUUUCAGAGAUUGAAGUUUUUCUUCCAUUCUGUAAAUGAACUCUCAGAAUAUCAAUUUCCAGGACCGAUUUCGUCAGAAACAAGCGAUGAGUAAUGACUGCAACAUUGAAUUCGCCAAUUAUUCCACCUCCUAUUUUGCUUCUCAACCGUCCUGGAACCUCAGAAUCAAUCACGGGCAGGCCCUGGAUGGAGCUUCCGAGCAGCAAAACCUCAGCCCUGCAAGAUCUUCCAGUGCCAUCCUCGGCCGGUUCGAGUCUCCGGCUUCAGCUUUUUAUGCAACCGAUCGGUUCAUGGGGUUUCCUCAGUUUGAUUCUCAGCCAGGAAACAAUCCUGUUUGUGACUCAGACUUUCCUUCAUAUCAAUCUUCCGGGGAAAACUUUUCUGGAGUUGUUUCAUCUCAGGAACCUGGAGAAAAUAUCGAACUCCGGAACGCCUUGCAAUCAACGCUGAAAUCUCAGAAGUAUUGUGGAAAUCUAGUUCACAGCAAUGAGAUUCUUGGCAGCAAGUUUUCUUCUCCUAAACAAAUCAAGAUGUUUGGAGGUGAAGCGGUUAAGAUUCAAGAUCAAAGAAUGAACUAUACUUCUCAUCAGGAGAAGCAGUCUCCAAGGUAUUCUUUUGGAGGUGUUUCGGUUUCCUCCGGAGGUUCGGUUUCAUCGGGGGCGGUACUUUCGAGCAAAACUCGAAUUCGAUGGACUCAGGAUCUACAUGAGAAGUUUGUUGAGUGUGUGAAUCGCCUUGGCGGUGCAGAGAAGGCCACUCCGAAGGCGAUUCUGAAGCUGAUGGAUUCUGAAGGGUUGACAAUCUUUCAUGUCAAAAGCCAUUUGCAGAAAUAUCGGAUGGCCAAAUACAUACCAGAGUUUGUAGAAGGAAAAUCAGAGAAAAGGUGUAUUCUGAAUGAUGUGUCUCAACUUGAUGUCAAAACCGCCUUGCAGAUCAAAGAGGCUUUGCAACUUCAGUUAGAUGUCCAGAUGCGUCUCCAUGAACAGUUAGAGAUUCAGAGAGAUUUGCAAUUGAGAAUUGAAGAACAAGGGAAGCAACUUAAGAAGCUAUUUGACCAACAACAGAAAACAAAUAAGGGCAACUUGAAGACAACUCAAAACUUGGAUAUUACACUUGAAGAAGAUCCAUUAUUUAGCCUUGAAGAUGUUGAGGCUUCGAUUGCAGAAAAUUCAGGAAAUAUGCAUUUCCCAUCUAAGAUUAAUUAGGUCAUAAAUCACAAAUAAUUCGACAUUUUUCCUACAGAAUUAGAUAUGGAAUAGAAUUUCUAGAAAUGUUACACUCUCUGUGAAAUAAUAAAAAAUCAAAGUCUAUUGCAUACUCGAAGUAAAGAAAUUAUAAUUUUUUCCUUUGUAGUUAUGAGUUUUUCCAAAAGAAGUAAAUACAUUUUA